GUAUUCCAAAAAUUGUGGCGCCAAAUUUUCGCUCGUAAGAGUCGUAAGCGUUUCUAAAAUGAAUAUUUUGCUGUUGUGAUUGUUAUAGAGCAUAAAUAAAAUCUGUGUCAGCGCCUAAUAACAGUAGCUGUAAUGUUAAGUUGCUAAAACGUGAAAAAUUAUGAGCAUAUGCAAUAACUAGGCUUACAUAUUACUCAGGUAUCGAAAAAUAUUUCAUACCGUGUGAACGUGGAGACGUAAAGGCUAGUUUCUUAGGUUUGAAAAGAGUUUAAAUCGAUAAAAGUAACAGUUUGCCAUAAGUUACUUACAUAAUAGUGUAAUAAAGUGUCCUUUAGCCUUCGAAAAUGACGACUACAAAGGUUAUUUCGACUGCUGCCCGCACGGUAAACAAGCGCCCUUUUAGGGUGUCUAUUGAAGGCAAUAUCGGCUCUGGAAAGUCUACGUGCAUCAAGUUCUUUGACAAGUAUCCCAACGUUGAGAAACAUGGGGAGCCCCUACAUGAAUGGCGCAACGUCUGUGGUCACAACCUGCUUGGUCUACUGUACAGUGAUAUGAACAAGUGGACCUUCCCCUUCCAACACUACGUACAUCUAAGCCGGCUGAAGAUUCAGACCAGCCCUCCUUGCAAUUCCGAUAUCACUGUUAAGAUGUUUGAAAGAUCAGUACAGAACAGCAGGCACUGUUUUGUGGAGAAUGCAAAGAAGCAGAACUUCCUGGAAGAUCCUGAGUACCAGACAUUGAUAUCUUGGUUUGACUACUCUGAAAAAUGCUUAGACAUUGGUUUGGACCUUAUAGUUUAUCUAAAAACAACUCCUGAGAUAGUCUGGGAAAGGAUGAUGAAGAGAGGCAGGUCUGAGGAGUCUGAAGUGCCUUUAGAAUAUUUAAAACAGGUCCACGAAUCAUAUGAAAACUGGUUGAGUUCACCAAACGUAGGCUGUGAGGUGCUGACGAUUGACGCUGACCGAGGACUUGAAUGCGUUCGAGAGGAUCUCGAAAGAUAUUCCUAUAAAAUACUUGGUGGAAACCACACCAAUUAGUUUAUAUUACUGCAGCUAAUGUUGAUACAGUUAACUUUAUGCGGGUAUAGAGUAUUAUGAAUUUAUAGAUUAGAUAGAUAUUUUUGUAUAAUCAUGUAUGGCCUUGCUUUAAAUAUGCCUGCACUGAAACAGCAAGGCUUGAAACUUUCACAUGUAAAUUUUAGUCAGCUUUAUUGAACAAAGCUUUUAUGAUGAUAUCUUUAUGACAUGUUAUUGCGAUUCAAUUUCAAUAUAAAUGAGAGCUUAUUGAAUUUUUAUCACACUCAUGCUAGAAUUCAGAUCAUUUUAUGCUUGAAAUAUUGCCAAAGAUAAGUGUAAUAUUUGUCCUAAUAGAAAAGUUGACUACAUAGUAUAGUGUUGACUAUGUAACUGACUAUGAUUUGACUUCAAUCUGGAAUUGAUAUACUGAAAAAAUAAUUUACCUAAGGUUGAAAUUGAUAACCUUAUAUUUAACUGAUCAUUUUGUUUUAAUAAAAGCAGGCUUUUAAAAUAAGUCUACAUAUUGAAUUUGGUGUUCAAUGUUUUUCUUAUUUAAGUAGCAAAUGACUGAUAGAAUUAGUUUUAAUUGGUUUUAUUAUUAUUUUAAAUCCAAGUCUCGAUAUAUUCCUGAUC